AUGGAAAUGAAGCAAGAUCUUGAAAUUUUGGAUUCAAAAGCAAAAUCCUCAAGUGAAUUCUUGUAUAAAUACUGCAAGAUGGAAGGGGAUCAAAGCUAUAGCAACAUCAUGAAAGCCAUUUCGGAUUAUUUGCAGAAGAGAAUGCCUUGCAAGUCUAUACUCCAGAAUUUGAAGUUGUGGGAAAUUGAAGAUUUUGAGCGCAAGGAUGGUUGUUACAGAGUUUUUCUCAACUAUUGUGGUUAUAUUACCCAAAGGAUCACGGUAAAUACUGGUCAAUCUAGCAUAAUAAUAUCAAAUUGCUUGAAUGAUGUGAAGAUCGGGAAGAACUUCCCAAACUCGGAUGCAUUUUCUGCAUUUGAGUUUGUCUUAGAUCCUCGUACGACUAAGAAAUGCACCGGUUCAAGCAGUAUGGCACGAGAAACGCAGAUAACAAGUUCACUACUGAGUAAUUUGCUAGAUGUGGUGGAGGAGGUUCAAUCAGCCCGGAUUGAGGUUAGAAACUUGGUCGAGGCAAAGUUCUACUCUCAUUCAGUUCUGCGCCUUGAUUUGCAGCUGUCCUUCAUUGAUUUCUAUAGUGGGAGGAAGCUGAAAGUGACCUUUGAUAUAACAUGCUUAAAAUGUGGGGUGUAUCCUGCUGAGAUCCUUCCAUCUCAAAUUUAUGAUCCUUCUAGUUCAAGUGGGGAACACAAGUCUCUGCCAUCAUCGCUUGUAGAUGAAAUUAGAACUGCAACAGCGAGUGUGAGAGUCGGGUACUCAAGAAUUAUUAGGCUUUGUAGAAGUAUUUCCCAUGCAGUUCAGGCUUGCCAUAAAAGCAAAUCAUUGUGA